AUGGAAUUUCAGAAAAUUGAGGAGAAGGAGCCUGAGGUUGAGGAGAAGGACAAUAAUGUUGACGAAAAGGUGUCUGAGUUUAAGGGGAAUGUGAAUAAGGUUAAGGAGAAGGAGACUGAGGUUGGGGAGAAAGAGAAUGUUGUUGAGGUCAAGGAGACUGAGGUUGAGGACAUGAAGACGGAUUUCCACCAGAAGGAGAAUAAGAUUAAGGAAAAUAAUGAUGAUAUAAGAAAGGAGAGACAUAUCAUAAUGGCUAAACGGACACUAGUUUCAUUGGUGAAGAGGAGGAAGCCUUCUGAAAGAAUAUUAAAGAUAAAGCUAAGCAAGAGUCAACCAGUUGGUAGUGGUUUUGGGAAGGGACUUCUAGGAAUAACCAGAUUAGGUGUUUGGAGUAGCAUGUUUCGUAGUAUAGGGGUAAAAUCGGUAUUAGUAUUAUUCUUCCCUUUUUGUACACAUAUAUGUUGGUAA